UGUAGUUCAAUGGUUCAAAUGUUGUUCGCAUUCGCAUUCGCAUGUUAUUCGUUGUACGUUAUUCGGGUGGGUCGUUUUUGUUGUAAUUUUUUAGUGACACAUUAAAAAUUGGAAAUUCUAGCGGCGCGCUUCUAAUUUAUGUUCAUACGGCAUUUCUGCAAGUUUUAUCUACUCCCUUCUUGUUGGAAAAUAUUGCGGUAGUGUAAAGUUAUUAUAUUUUCCUAUUAUUUGUGAAAAUGUUUGAUUAAGUGCAUACCUACGCUACUGAAAAUCGGAUUAGGUGGUGGCCGUGGUGACGUGACGGCAGUAAAAGUAGUAGCAACAGCGAAAACCGAAACAGUAGAAAAGAUAAUAUAAAAAUAACGUAGAAUAAGAAAAAUUCGUAACGAAAGCAGGAAAGGAGAAAAGCAAAGCUGGUCAAGUGCAAACGAAUUGUUGCUGGUCCGCUGCCUUGGAGUAGCACUUGGCGAGUUUGCGUCUUCUGCUUCCGCCGACUCGUGGUAACGUGGAAAGAAACGGACAACGGACGUGUUGGAAUCGAAUACUUGUUUUACGCGACGCGAUACGAAACGAAAUAUAUAGUGAUUUAGUAAAAACUGGGGUUUUAAGAGUUAAAAAAAAAUACUAGACAAACGUUUUUAAAACAAGAUAUUUCACUUAUUAAAGUUGUAUACUGUCGUUUAGUUUUUUUUCUCUGCAAAUAUUUCGAAUAACAUACGAACAUAAUCAAAGGAGUGAAAAUUUCUGUUUUAAAAAAUAACAUAAUUGCGUGAUUAGCUCAGAAAGUUUACGAGCUUAGGAAGUGCGCGAACCGGGCUUGUGAAUUAUCGUAACGUGUGCUAAUUAUUCAUCUUCUAAUCGAAUUGUCGCAACAUAUGCCGUAAAUCGACGUCAUGUUUAAGUGCAUUCCAAUAUUCAAAGGCUGCAAUCGCCAAGUUGAAUUCGUUGACAAACGUCAUUGUUCGCUGCCCAGUGUGCCAGAGGAAAUUCUACGUUAUUCACGUACAUUGGAGGAGUUGUUCUUAGAUGCCAAUCAUAUCCGAGAUUUGCCAAAGAACUUCUUCAGACUACAUCGUCUGCGAAAAUUGGGCUUAAGUGAUAAUGAGAUAGCCCGAUUGCCUCCAGAUAUACAGAAUUUCGAGAACUUGGUAGAACUCGAUGUUUCGCGAAAUGAUAUUCCAGACAUUCCUGAUGACAUCAAACACCUACAAAACCUGCAGGUUGCUGAUUUCAGCUCAAAUCCGAUUCCAAAACUACCAGCAGGGUUCUCUCAACUCAAAAAUUUAACAGUUUUAGGUUUAAAUGAUAUGUCACUCACCACAUUACCAGUUGAUUUCGGAAGCUUAACACAAUUGGAAUCAUUGGAGCUGCGCGAGAAUCUAUUGAAACAUCUGCCUGAAUCGAUACGACAAUUGACGAAGCUUAAAAGAUUAGAUUUGGGCGACAAUGAAAUUGAAGAACUGCCACCAUAUUUGGGCUACUUGCCCGGUCUGCACGAGCUCUGGCUCGAUCACAAUCAGUUAGAGAGGCUGCCACCUGAAAUUGGGCUUUUAACCAAUUUGACAUAUCUUGACGUUUCCGAAAACAGGCUGGAGAAAUUACCAAAUGAAAUCGGUGGUCUCGUGAAUUUAACUGAUUUAGACCUGGCGCAAAAUUUACUUGAGACCCUGCCCGAUGGUGUUGCCAAAUUAAGUAGGCUGACAAUUCUAAAACUAGAUCAGAAUCGUCUACAGAAGCUGAAUCCAACUAUAGGAUGUUGUGAAAGCAUGCAAGAGCUGAUAUUGACCGAAAACUUCUUAUCAGAGCUACCCGUAUCGAUUGGGCAAAUGACUAAAUUGAGCAACCUGAACGUGGAUCGCAACGCAUUGGAAUACCUACCGGCCGAGAUAGGGAAUUGUGCAAAUUUGGGCGUUUUGAGUUUGCGCGAUAACAAAUUAAAGCGACUGCCGCCAGAGUUGGGCAACUGUACGGUGUUGCAUGUGCUGGACGUGUCGGGCAAUCAGCUGCAAUACUUGCCAUACACUUUGGUGAAUUUGCAGCUGAAAGCUGUUUGGUUAUCGGAAAAUCAGGCACAGCCGCUGCUAACGUUCCAGCCGGACACAGACGAGGCAACAGGUGAACAGGUUUUGACAUGCUUCCUACUGCCACAACAAGAAUAUCAGCCGAUAACGCCAGCACGCGAACUUGAAACCGAUUCGGAUGGUUGGGAAGAGCGUGAAGCUUCUAGAACACAUUCCGUUAAAUUCUCCGAAGAAUCCACACAGGAGAAGGACACACCGUUUGUCCGACAAAAUACACCACAUCCCAAGGAGCUGAAGGCAAAGGCGCAUAAACUAUUUGCCAAGGAUCGCAGUCGACCGGAAGACGGCAAUUUGGAUACAGUCUCCGAAGAAGCAUCAACAAAGUUCGCUGUUAGCGGUACGGCACGAAUCGGCGCUAAUUCCACCAUAGUAGAGAAUAUAGCCGAGACAAAACCCAUCUAUGAGAAUCAUCAGCAACAGCCGGUAUCGCCGAAAACGCCAACAACAGCGAUUUCAUUCGCCCCACAGCCUGUUAUCGCCCAGACAGCGGGCACACAACCACAGUCUGCUGUUAACGCUGUAACAGUACAUGAACCGAUAGCAAGUGUUGCGCCCGAACAUGGUAAUGCCGCUGUAGUGGUGGCUGCAGCCGCAGUAACAGCGGCAGCUAGCGUUACCGGCGACGAAGAAGAGGAAGACUUUGAUGAAGCGGAAAGACGUGUGGGCUUUCAAGUUGAAGGCGAAGACGAUGACUUCUACAAGCGGCCAAUGAAAUUGCACAGACGUGACACUCCGCACCACUUGAAGAACAAGCGUGUGCAACACAAUCUCACCGAUAAAAAAUCAAGUGAAAUUCUCGCCAACGCUUUGAAUCAAGAAAAGAAAACUUCACAACUGGCUCCAGUUCAAUCGCCCAUCCAAGAGAACGAGGCUGCCGAGCAGAGUGAGCAACAACAAUUGCAGCAGCAACAACCUUUCGCCGCACCAAUCUCACCCAUACCACCGCCAACGGUGCCUGGUUCACUGCCAGCAGGACAAUUACUUGAUGAUGCCGUGGACGGUCUCACCGAGCUGCGUCUCGAACAGUACGAAAUCCAUAUUGAGCGCACCACUGCCGGUCUGGGCUUGAGCAUAGCGGGCGGCCGCGGUUCAACACCAUUCAAAGGCGAUGACGAAGGCAUUUUCAUAUCACGCGUGACCGAAGGUGGCCCAGCGGAUUUGGCCGGCUUGAAAGUUGGCGAUAAAGUACUGAAAGUGAAUGGCAUAAAUGUGGUCGACGCCGAUCACUAUCAGGCCGUGCAGGUGUUGAAAGCCUGCGGUGCGGUGUUGGUGUUGGUGGUGGAGCGCGAAGUUACACGCCUAAUAGGCCAUCCAGUGUUUAGCGAAGAUGGCUCGGUCUCACAGAUAUCGGUGGAAACGCGACCGUUGGCCGCAGCGCAGCAGCAUGAAAAAUUCAUUCCGGCACCGAUUGAAAUUAUUCCACAACAGCAGCAGCUGCAACAACAACAACUACAGCAAGCGCCUGCCAACUUCAACAGCUAUCAAGCGAAUGUAUUUACAACACCAGCAACAGCAACAGCAGCAGGACCAACAAAUGCGGCAAAUUUAUCACAACAGCAGCAACAACUCCAACCGCAACAUGUUGGGGUGGGUGCAACAAAUGGCGUUUUGGAAAAUGGCAAGGAUGCCCCCUUGAGCUAUUUACAACUACACACGACUUUAAUUCGUGAUCAAAUCGGACAGGGCUUGGGCUUCAGCAUUGCCGGUGGCAAAGGCUCGCCACCAUUUAAGGAUGGCUGCGAUGGAAUUUUCAUUUCACGCAUAACUGAAGGCGGUUUAGCGCAUCGUGACGGCAAAAUAAUGGUUGGCGACCGCGUGAUGGCUAUUAAUGGCAAUGACAUGACGAACGCCUGUCAUGAUGCUGCGGUGCAAUGUCUCACUGAGCCGCAACGGUUUGUGCGUCUGGUGUUGCAGCGCGAGUACCGUGGACCCUUGGAGGCACCGUUGAGUCCACGCAGUCCAGCUGUUUUGAAUUCCCUCAGUCCUUCCGGUUACCUCGCCAAUCGACCAGCGAACUUCAAUCGCUCCAUCGGCGACAUGAUAUCAGAGCAAGCACAAACUAAUCUGCAACAUGCGCCCACAGCGGCACCCAUACUGGCACAGCAACAGCAGCAACAGUAUCCAGCUCAGCAACAAUUUAACUACACCACGCAGCCGUCGGCUUACGAAAUAAAUAAAACUGUUACGAUACCCAACACCACAGCAGCAGCAGCAACAUUAACUAGCGCUAGUGUAGGUGGUAACAAUGCCCCGAAAACAAAUGGUUUUACGACUGCGGCAACAACUGUGCCAUACCAACAGCCACAGCCACAGCAGCAGCAACAAAUCGAUAAGGUCACGGGUCAACCCGUGCCAGCACCCAGGCGUGCAAAUUCCAUACCUUUGGGAGAUGCGCCAGCGGAAGCCACACCAGCCAACGGUAAUGCCGCGCAGCCCCCGGAUUCGGCGAAUAAGCCGACAGCGACACCGACUGCUGCCGGCCCGAACCCGGCCGCAGAUGCUUCUGCUGAAACUCAGGUGCCGCCGCUCCGGCCGCUGACUAGUGAAGAUUUCCAAGCGAUGAUACCGGCGCACUUCCUCAGCGGUGGCAGUCAACAUCAGGUGAAUGUGGCGCGUGGCAAUGAGGUGGGCGUUGGACCCUCGGUCACCGUAACGGUGAAUAAGGCUGUACCCGAUCUGCCCAUGUUCCCCGCGGCACCUACGGAGCUGGGUCGCAUAACCGAAACAAUAACGAAAUCGACAUUUACGGAAACCGUAAUGACGCGUGUCACCGAUAACCAUUUAGCGGAGCCACUGAUCAGUGAGGAAGUUAUCUUGCCGAAGAAUCAAGGGUCGCUGGGCUUCAGCAUCAUCGGCGGUACGGACCAUUCGUGUGUGCCGUUCGGUUCACAUGAGCCGGGCAUAUUUAUAUCGCAUGUCGUGCCCGAUGGCAUCGCACACAAAUGCGGCAAACUGCGUAUGGGCGAUAGGAUUUUGAAAGUGAACGACGUGGAUAUAUCGCGUGCCACGCAUCAGGAGGCUGUAAUGGAAUUACUGAAACCGGGCGACGACAUCAAGCUGACCAUACAGCACGAUCCGCUGCCACCUGGCUUCCAGGAAAUCACCAUUAGUAAAGCUGAAGGCGAGCGCCUGGGUAUGCACAUUAAGGGCGGACUUAAUGGUCAGCGCGGCAAUCCGUGUGAUCCCACCGACGAGGGUGUGUUUGUGUCGAAAAUUAAUUCAGUCGGCGCAGCAAGACGCGACGGAAGACUUAAGGUUGGUAUGCGCCUGUUGGAAGUCAACGGCCACUCGUUGUUGGGCAUUUCACAUCAGGACGCUGUGAAUGUGCUGCGCAAUGCUGGCAAUGAAAUUCAUUUGAUCGCGUGCAAGGGAUACGACAAAUCCAAUUUAAUUCAUUCCAUUGGGGCUGCUGGCGGCAUGAGCACAGGCUUCAACACAGGCAGUCGACAAGGUUCGCGUGCUUCCGAAACCGGUUCGGAACUGAGCCAAAGUCAGAGCAUGUCGAGUUUGGACCGCGAUGAAGAUGAGCGCAUACGACAAGAUUUUGAAGUUUUUGCACCGAAAACCGAAUCGAAUAACGACCCAUCAGUAUUGGCAUCUGUGGCGGCAUUGGCCCACUCGCCCACCACACCGCCGAGCGCUGGCGCUUUGCCGCAACAGCAUGCAGCUGAAAGCGAAACAUCCAAGAGCAGUGCUCCACCACCAACAGCAACAACUCCCCAAGAUGCACUCGCCACGUUUGCUAAUGCAGACAAAACGCUGGUGCAGUCUAAAGAAAAGAGUACCCCCGAGAAGGUGCUUGAAAUCGUGCGUGCCGCGGAUGCAUUCACCUCAGUACCACCCAAGUCGCCAGCCGAACAUCACGAUCAGGAUAAAAUUCAAAAGACCACAACAGUUGUCAUUUCGAAACAUACACUCGACACAAAUCCGUCGCCUGCGUUGGCGGCUGCCUCCACUCCAACUCACACGUCACCAACAACAUUGCCCACUGCGGGCACAACCGCGUCCACGACCACCACCACCACUACAUCACCACCUGUCUCGCCAGCGUUGGCCACAGCCAGCAGCCGAGAUGUUGCUGCGGCAGCAGCAAGUGGCAAAACUGUGGCCGCGCCACCGACUCAGCAACAGAACAUUCAACAGAGGCGCACACCAACUCCAACAUCAAUACAUAAAACGAGGACAGAAACAGUAGCUAAGCCUACAGACAGUCGUCAGAAUCAGUCGAUUGCUCCCACGACAAACAAAGUCACGAAAGCCGAACCAAUUUAUAUUAUUGACGACGAGGAGGAAGAAGAAGAAGGCGCGGCGGAGGAGGAGGAGGAGGAGGAACAUGCAGAUGUGCACGAUGACGUCAUUGACGGAGAUGAAGAUGUAUUCGAUACGUAUUCACCGAAUGCUUCGGCCGAUCAAGGUGACACUGAUUCGGACUACUUUGACCGACCACGGCCUUCGCCGCGUUACACCAGCGAUUCGGAGAAUGACUAUCGUCCGCAUCGGCCCAAUCACGAAAGGCUGGGAAAUAUAUCUGGUCGAAGCACGCCUGAUCUUUCAGGUUCUGCUUAUGGUGGUCACCGUAAAUCAGUUAGUUUUGAUCUCAGCGGUGAUGAAAGAUCAAAAUCUGAUUAUGAACGCUCACGUACGCCCGACGGUUACUCCCGUUAUUACGAUUCGGAGCAAGAGUAUGGUAGCGCACGGCCGCGUUUACCACGCAAAGGUAUAUUACGUUCGGCCAGUCCAUCAUCGUCGAAUAACUCGACACUGGAGCGUUGUAGACGCCCCGAAAAACUGCCGCCAAUAGUGCCUACAGUAGCGCGCAUCAAGGAAAUUGAUUCGCCUACGCUGCAACAUGUACGCUCAUCUUCGCCUUUGCCCAGCAGAGGUGGAAGUAGUAGUAGUGGCUAUCGCAGUCCACCGCCAAAACCCGAAAAGGUGAUGGUGUCUACCGAGAUCGAAAGAGAAAAUCCAUUCCGUGAGGCGUUCCUAGACAGCAGCAAAAGUGAUGAAUAUACCGAGUUGGCAAAAGCUAUGUCGAAAUCACCCUCGGCCCUCAGAUCACCACGUGAACAAUUUUUCUUUGGCUCGAAGUCGACCGAGAAUUUGUUAGGCGCAGAGCGUUCAGCUUCAAGUGGUCGUAGCACACCUAGUACGGUUGUGAGUGCGCAGUCAAAAUCUACUGAAGAUCUGUUGUCAAGCUCAACCGGCGCCAAACCGAAACGUAUACCACCACCCAUAUUGCCGAAACCGAAAACUAAGAAAGCUGAGCUGGUGCACAAUAUUGCGCUCGAUGCCUUCCAAAAAGCCGACGUAGGUUAUGGUGAUUUCACAGUCUUCGAACACGAUCCUACCACGAAUACUAUACAUGAAAUACGUUCGCCGCCACCGCCAACAACACCAACCGUUCCAAUAACACCACCGCCUGCUGGUAGUAGUGCAAAACUUCCUGUGCGCGUAAAGACGCCGCGUAGUCCAUCGCGACCGCGUGAAAGUCCACCUCCCCCACCCGUCAACUACUCAACGAUGCCAAAGCUUGCUUCGCCAACUCCACACGUGAAAAAGAGCGAAGAGACUUACUACUUGGAGGUGCUUCCACCACCUCCGCCGCUCUCCGAUGACGAAAUACCACCUUCACAGCGUCGCCACACUGAGUUUAUACACGAAAAUUCACCAGACCACAUACUGGUUACUGAAGACGAACACCGCACAAUCAUGCUGCAUGAAAAUGAAGUGCGCAACCAGCUGCGUGGUGCGAGCAGAAAGUCACAGAUACCCGAACUGGGGGCACCGCACGAAGAAGCGCCGCCAGUUCCGCAUUACGCAAGCAUCAAACACUCGGUAAAUCCAUUUAUAGAUAGUUCAGAUGACAAUUUUGAUUCAUUACCUCUCCCACCACCGCCCGAACACCUGAUUUCCUCUGCGGCUCUGAAUCCCGGUUGUGAUAGUAGCUCCCAUUGCGAUAGCGAAUCUUCAACUAUUAACAUUGCUUCUCCUAUUUCUUCUAUUACUUCUCCCAAUGCAAACAUGCAGCCGAGAUUGGAUCUCCUAUCAUCAGCAGCUACAUUACAGGCAGGCAUUCCAUCCAAUAAUCCACUCUCGCCCACACAAAUUUUCCCCACAGCGCAAAUACUACCUGUUCAAUAUACCCAGCUACCACAACCCCAGCAGCCAAAUACCACUCACAUCCUAACUGGUCAAUUGGUCCCAAACAGUACGAGCCAUCACUUCUCUAAUUCCCCACAGAACCAGUCACUAUUCACGGUAGGUGGUCUCGUACUGCUGCCACAGGCACAGUUCACUGCUGCGGCGUCGCAGGUGUCAUCAUCGUCGUCAUCAUCGUUGGUUACUACGCCUAUUUUCUUGGCCACCAGCGGUGGUGCAACGUCUGCCACCACUGGUGUAUACAUGAAACCUCAACAACUACAACAACGAUCGCCUCAACUGCAUCUACAUCAGCGUACUGUACUGUCACCUACAUCGGAAUCAAUUACAACAACAAAAGUGCCUAAAUCGGUUUCUGAUAAGAAACGUUUCUUUGAGUCAGCCAUGGAAGAUCAACACAAACCAUCACAAAAGACAGAAAAAGUUUUUUCAUUCCUGUCAAAGGAUGAAGUUGAGAAGUUGCGACAAGAGGAAGAGAGGAAAAUCGCAACACUGCGUCGUGAUAAGAAGACGGGCUUAUUGGAUGGACCCGCUGCAAAUGGCAAUGAUGAGUAUGAUGCUUCCAAUAAUAAUUCUGCCGCAGCCAACAGCGCUGCCCACGCCGCCACCAUAUCGUGCCUUGCCGGCGAACACCGAAAACUACAACAACAACAACCGCAUGAUGGAGGAACUUAUGGGGCGAAUUAUGAUUAUGACGACGACGAUAGACGACUUGUAGUUGACCAUCGUCACGUACUGCGCGAUACCAUUGUCGAGCGGGAUAAUUGUGAUGCGGAUGACAUGAGUGUUGCUGAAUGCACAACAAUAACAAGAACAACAACGACAACAAGGAUCGAAUCACCGACGACACCACCACCAACACCACUAACUCCAGCAGCACAGUCACAGGCACAGGUAUUAGCGAAGAGUGGCGAAGCGGCCGAACCGCAAACAACACGACUCAAGCUCGAAAAACCGAAGAAAUCGAAAAAGACAAAAGCGAAAUCGAAAGAAGCCACAAAAGCAGCGAGUGUGAGCAGCACAACGCCCACGGACGAUGACGUAGCGGUUGGGCUUGUCGCCCACCGAAAAGCUCCACCACCGCCGACACAACCUACGCAAGCCAACACACAGGCGCCCGCACAGGCGGCAGCAGCACCUGAGUGGGUAGCCACACCGUUGGCCGCAUUCAAAUCGCCGGCACUAGUUAAGUCCUUGACUGAGUCAGCACCUAGCGCUGCAUCAGCAACAACAACAACAGCCACAGCAACACCAGUAACAAUAGCGCAGCAGUCGUUUAAGCCUCAAGUAGAUACUGCACUUGCACCGUCUGUAGCAACAAUAGCACCCGCCCCCACACCACGUACCACCACAGCUCAACAACUAAGUAGCACUGUAGCGCAGUUUGUGGAUAUCGAACGACAGCACGCUGAUGUCCCCAGCGAUUACAAUGACGCCGAAGAUACGGCGAGUAGCAUUGAGAGUGUUAUUGCUGCGGCGCCAUUAGCCAUUUUAUCGACCUCAACUACGCGCUUGCCCAGCCAACAGAAGCCGUCACUGUUGCCGAAACCUAAAGUGAAAGUUGUCAUACCACCUGCAUUGUUACUGCAGCAAACGCAACAACAACAGCAACAAGAGGAAGAGCAACAACAAGACACGUCACCGACCACACCAUCCAGUCGCAUUCCCAUACGCACGGCGAAUGCAGAGCGGCGCGCACUGAAGGCGGCAGCAGCAGCAGCUGCCGUUGGCGGCGCAGUGGCUGGGACGCAAGUUGAAGCUGCUACUUCCGUUGUGGUUGAGCGGUCAUCUGAUGCGGUUCAACACGAGCAGUCACCGUCUAAUGGGUCGAAGAGCAAAGCAAUGAUUAAUGCUGAGAAACGCGCGUCUUGGCGUGCUGCUCGCUUGCGCUCAUUGGAACAAGGCGCUCAGGAGGCGCAGAGCGUCAUACAGAAUAUGAACAAAAUCGCAGAUGAUCUGCUGACGACACCCGUCACCGCCGAGCAGACUAAAAAGAUUGUUUUUCCAAAAAUCGCAAUUAAAUCGAGCGAUGGUCCGGUUAUAAUACGUGAACGUGAAAAAAUACUCGAUGAAAAAAUUGUGCGCCGCACCGAAGAGGUGCCGUGUCCGUUAACGGGACGACCUCAACUGCGAACUGUCGAGUACAUUGAGAAAACCAUCGAAACUGAGGUGGAAACUUGCCAGGAGAAGAUAAUCUCAUUAGAGUUGCAAGAUCCAGAAAACGAUGAUAACGACAGUGACGAUGGCGGAAAGGACAAAAUUAGCAAUCCAUUUGCAUCAUUGCAACAUGCAGCAAGUGCGAGCCAGCAGGCAGCCACAGUGCUGGCAGCAGCAACACAGGCAAUCACAACGAUUGAAGAUGAGACGUUAGAUGAUGAGGAGCCACCGGAGCUGUUGAGGGAAACUGCGCUACUGGACACUGUCGACGAGGAUGACGAUGAGGAAGAUGAAGAGGACGAUGAUGAUGACGAUGAGGAAGAGGAUGACGAUGAAGAUAGCGAGGAGGAAGAGGAGGACGAAGAUGAAGAGGAUGCCGCCUCCAUUGUGACUGUUCAUGCAAAUAAUGAAAAACUCUUCCUACGCACCGACGAUGAUUCCGGUCCAUCUGAUGAUUUCGACAGUAUUGGCAUUUUCGGUCCUUCGUCCAUUGAUAGCGUGUCGUCCAUAUCAAAGUUGCGUAUACAGCCCGUGCCGAUAACAAUACACCAGACACUGGCUAAGGAAGUCGUCGUAACAGCGCCUGUUGUGCCAGCUGGAGUACGCACAACAACGAAAACCGACUAUCCAGCACACAGUAUAACCGCAGCAAGCACAAUUGUGGAGGUGGUUAAUCCACUGAUAACCGGCGAGGGGCAGGUGAAAAGUUUGGCAGUGGGAAGCACUGCUCAACGAGAAUAUCCAAUUUUCGACAAUGAAAUAGAGAAGAGCUUGCGGUCGAAGCCAUAUGAUGACCAUAUCGAAGAUAUUGUCAGGCGGAAAGGUGGCUAUGACGAAGCAGCGGAAGAUGAGCCUGAUGAUGACGGUGAGGCUGAGGAAUUUUCAGCUGCAGCGACAGGAGUGUUACGUAGCGACACGUUUGUCAUGCCGACAGUGCGGCAACAACAGCAACAGCGGCCACCGGAGGAACUCUCAUUGAAUGCCAAAAUGAAGAAUGUGUUGGUGGAGUUAUUGGAGAACGAGCGUGUUAAAUUGAAUUUGCAGAAGAGUCUGGAGGAGGAUGAGGAGGCACAGCAUGAACUCGCCUAUGGGGAUCCUGACGAUGAACAAGACAUGGUUGACUAUGUCGCAUCACAUGGUGCAAACCUCAGUGGGAUUAGCCGUUCCGCAGCCAGAGCUGUUAGUGAUGAUAACGGUAAUGAGCGACUGCUGCAAGAGCUAAUAAGAGACAGUAAUAGGAAUACAAUUAAAAAGCUAGCAGUUGGUUACGACGAUGAAGAAAGUGAGGAGGACGAUGACGGCGAUGAAGAGGAUGAAGAGGAAGAGUCUUUAGACUCCAGUGAUUCGGAAGAAGACGGCGAAGCUGACGAUGACGAUGAGGCUGUAAAUGUAACUUUUGUCGAUGGUUGUCAAGUGAUUGAGAAUCCCAAUGCGGAGUCAACACUAAAAUUGCAAAAAUCACAAACAUACACUUCGAUGAAAGAGGCGGAUCAAACCGAAGCAAGCAAGCAAAGUGGCGCCGCACAAGAAGACAUAGACAAGGACAUCGAACACACUGUCGAAAAACUACAAGCCGAACAACGUAAGCUCGAGCAGAUCACAAAACAACUACGCAAAUCGGUGGAAAACCUGCUGGCCGAUGACGAUGAAAUCGCAACGGCAAUCAGCCAAGCAGUCAUAGACGACGACGAUGAGGUGGUCAUAAAGCCACCGAAGCAAAAUGUUGUGCACACUGUAGAAACCAAGACUGUCAUCGGCGACGAUGGUGUCAAGAAAACCAUUAUCACCGAGACGAUACGCAAGCCGGAGCAUAAGCAAACGCAACGCGAACCGCAAGACGAAGAGUCCGGCGAGGCACUUUUCAAUAAACUGCUGCACGCCGGCGGCGAUCACAAGCAGAUAUUCGAUCAGCAAACGGGCGAGAGUGUAAUAACGACGACCACCACCGAUGCCGACGGCACUGUCACCACCACAACAACCACAAUUUCGAAUGUGAUUAAAAGCGGCAUCCCCAGAGCGGUGCUGCUGAAAUCAGAAGCCAGCUCAGCAGGCACCAGCAGCAGCAGCAGCACGAGUACGCACACGAAACCAGAGAAGCAACAACAUAGCAAACAAAAACGAAAAGGGAAGAAUGGCAAGAAGUAAAUGUGACACAAAAUAAAUGGCAAGGCAUUGCACUAAAUCUAACAGCAGCCCGGCAGCGCUGCACAGUGUCUCCAACUGCAUGCAGUGGCGUACAUAUUUAUGUGUAGGGGGGAAAGAAUGAUAAAUAUGUGCAAACAUAUUUACACUUUCUGCAACCAGUUGCAUUUGUAAGAGAAGGGAAGUGGGUGUAUAUAUAGUAUAUGCAUAAACAUAUUGUGUAGGAUUAUGCAUAAACAAGCGAGUAGCGAGUAUAAUAUAUACUAGUUAGAAAUGUAUACGAGUUUAAGUGUCCAGUAGAGGAGCUAAAGACGGGAUCAGCAAUUGCGCGGGCGUAGAUUAACAGGCGACAGCAAGUUGCAUAUUUGGCGAUUUGCAGAAAUUUCGAAAAUUGCGCUGAAAAUAUAAGUGACUGACAUUUCGAGAGAAAAAAAAUAUAAAUUUUGUUUUAAAUUAUAUUUUUAGUUUAAUUGCAGCUAAUAAAGCAAUUUAUAUU